AUGCGCAGCGUUCGGCACAUCAAGUGCGAUGAAGGCCCCGGAGUAUGUAACAACUGCACUUCUACUGGCCGUAAGUGCGAUGGCUAUGACCUGCAUCGCUUGCCUGUCAAAAAACUGGCUCUAGCAUUUACCCCGAAUAUCGACCCUCACCCGGGGUGGGUGACUACCACCGACGAGCGACGAUGCUUUUCGUACUUUCGACAGUACUCCAUUCCAGGCCUGGCAGUCUUCUUUGAUUCUCUUCUCUGGCAGAAAAUUAUCUUACAGAUCAGCCAUUUUGACCCUGCUGUGUACCAUGCCGCCAAUAUGCUCGGCGCCCUUCACCAAGACUCGGGCGCGAACAAAAUGCGCUUGUCUGGAGAAAACCUCCAGCUUGCUUGUCAUCGCUUCGCACUUGAGCAGGCCUCACGAGCUUAUACCCAUCUUGCCAAACGCCUGGCCUCAAAAGACCCCCAGUUUCGGGAAGUUACGCUUGUGUGCUGCCUGCUUUUUGUCAUGUCCGAUUUGUUACUCGGACGGUAUGACGAUUCCUUCAAACAUCUGCAUAGUGGGCUUCGCAUCCUCAAAGAGACACAGGAGGAACAUCAAAAUAUUAGUCUAGACGGCUCUCUGGUCCGGACCUUUGAACGACUCGACAUCGAAUCCGCCCAUUUCGGGCGAGGUACCCCGUUCUUGUUUACCCAUGUUGGAAUUGGGAAUGACUUGCAUAGUCUGGAUGUUUUUUUGAACAUGCAAAAUGUAGCAGACGUGCACCGAAGUGUGACUCUCCUCUUGAAUUUGGGCAUCCCUUUUCUCGCCCGAUGCUGGCCGCUCUCCGCCGUUGAAAUUGCAGGAAAAUACACCGAUUUGUUCCAAAACCAACAACAGAUUCUGUCCCUGAAUUAUGAAUUCCAACACCGGUUUCGGAUAUUCUAUCGCGACUUUUAUCAUACCCUUAGCGAUCGUGACCAGCGAGGCGUUGAUGUGCUUCAACUUAUGAGUCUUGGACAGAUCCUCAGUCUGAAGACCUGUCUCAUUAAAGGACCAGUGCCUGAAAGCUUCACACCAGAAUACAUCACCCUGUUGUCGGCGCAUCAAGUGCUUCUAGCCAAGUUUUCCGAUCGCCCAACAUUUACUUUGGAUUACGGCGUCAUCCCGGGUUUGUGGGUGGUGGCCUCGCAGUGUCCAGACUAUUCAAUCCGCUUGCAGGCAAUCCACACUUUACAGGCCUGGCCGCACUGCGAGGGGAUCAUUAAUUCUAACCUCGUUGCCUCUAUGGCUUUGGAAAAAUUGAAGGCAGAAUUACGAAUUCGUGGUCAACUACACAGGUCGAUUAUAGACGCGGACACGGAAGAGGAGCUUUUCAGGUUCCUGUUUGACACGUUGAUGUCAACACAGCAGGCGACGAAUUGGUCGUUCAUCCACGGAACUGAUUUGCUUCAGAGAUUGUCUAUGACGGGGAUAUAUACAUCUAGCAAGAGCUUGGAAUUACCGUCCUUAAUCUAUAUCGGUACGCUCUGUACACAAUGA